GCAGUGUUGAGCUUAGUGUGCCGCCCAUUUAACAGAAGAAGCCGACGACUAACAGGCAGCAGCGAGGAGCCGGUCCACAGAGGGACGUUCAACAAUUCUCUGAGAUUUUCCACGCACAAUAAUCAAAACGUCGUACGCAAUGAGAGGAGACCGCGGCAGAGGCCGAGGCGGCCGCUUCGGGGCCCGCGGGGGACUGGUCCAGGGGUACCGGCCAUUUGUCCCACACAUCCCAUUCGACUUUUAUGUGUGUGAGAUGGCCUUCCCCAGAGUGAAGCCUGCACCUGAUGAGACGGCUUUCAGUGAGUGUCUGCUGAAAAGGAACCAGGACCUGAGCCCCACCCCUGCGGAGCAGUCUUCCAUCCUGUCCCUGGUCACAAAGAUCAACAAUGUGAUCGACAACCUGAUUGUUGCACCUGGCAACUUUGAAGUGGUGAGUCGAACAUGGUCAUUGUUCUUUACAGUGGAGGCUGUGGCUGCCCUCGGCAACAAAGUAGUGGAGACGCUUCGCACACAAGACCCUACUGAAGUGCUGUCCAUGUUGACCAAUGAGACUGGCUUCGAGAUCAGUUCAGCUGAUGCUACAGUGAAGAUCCUCAUCACCACGGUCCCUCCUAACCUGCGCAAACUGGACCCCGAGCUGCACUUGGACAUCAAGGUGCUGCAGAGUGCCCUCGCUGCCAUCCGUCACGCUCGCUGGUUUGAGGAGAACGCCUCUCAGUCAACAGUCAAAGUAUUGAUCCGCCUGCUGAAAGACUUGAGGCUGCGUUUCCCUGGAUUCGAACCCCUGACGCCCUGGAUCCUCGAUCUGCUGGGCCACUCUGCAGUGAUGAACAACCCCUCCAGGCAGCCUCUGUCUCUGAACGUGGCCUACAGGCGCUGCCUGCAGAUGCUGGCUGCUGGUCUCUUUCUGCCUGGCUCUGUGGGCAUCACUGACCCCUGUGAAAGUGGAAACUUCAGAGUGCACACAGUCAUGACUCUAGAACAGCAGGACAUGGUGUGCUUCACCGCUCAGACUCUGGUGAGGGUGCUGUCUCACGGAGGCUACAGGAAGAUCCUCGGUCUGGAGGGCGAUGCCAGCUACCUAGCAACAGAGAUGUCGACAUGGGACGGCGUGAUCGUGACUCCCUCAGAGAAAGCCUACGAGAAACCUCCGGAGAGGAAGGAGGAGGAAGACGAAGCUUUGGAGGAAGGAGGGGACGGAGAGGACGAGAGCAUGGAGACACAGGAGUGACGAAGAGUGAACGUGGGUAAUUUAUCGUCCCUUCAGCCUGACCACUCUGAAAGACCAGCAGCAGAGUUCGUACGACAGUCACUGGUCCCCUCGUGUCCCUGAUUUCUUUUUCUUUUUUUUAUAAAUGGUAAUGUUGGUUUUGUUUGUACUUCCUUUUUGUAACAGUUGACAUAAACUUAUUUCUAGUUUU